AUGAGUAAUACUGCUAUGACUGCUUCUACUGAUCAAUAUUGGAUGCAAUUCUAUGAACAAUCUCUCAUGGAUGAUCAUCAUGCUAUAGAAAAUUUCUCUGAUUCAACUGUUAUGACAACAAAUCCUCUUCCAUUAGAAACCAUAGUUAUGAGUCCAACAAAUUCAUACUCAAACACCAGUGACCAGUUGACACCAAAGGGUGGUAGUGUAUCCAAACCUAUUAGAAGAAGAUCUAGAGCUUCUAAGAGAACACCAACAACACUUCUCAAUGCAAACACAACGAAUUUCAGACAACUUGUUCAACAAUUCACAGGUUGUCCUAGCACUAGUCUAUCAUCGUCGUCGUCGUCGUUAGGUGUUCAUAAAGGACCUAUUACCUUAAACUUUCAACAAGGUAGCAAACAGAAUAUUCAACAUGAUACAUCAACAACAAGGUUAAUGCCACAGUUUAGUAGCACAGGUUACAAUCAAGUUUCUAGGCCAUUUCCUUUGAAGAUGGAACAAAUUCAAGUGGCUCAGCAACAGCAGAAUCGUUAUAACUCAUUUGAUUAUGUCAAGAACAACAACAGUUUUGGUUCAAAUUCAGGAAACAUGGAUGUUUCUGAUGGAUUGGUUGUGGAUAAUGAUUUUGGUUUGCAAGAUCUAUCUGUGAAUUCAUUCUCUAAUGAUACUUUUAUGUGA